CAUUUCUCACCCCUUCAUCCUUUUCUCCGUCCUUAACCCCCGCGUCUCUUUUUAUAUUAUAUAAACCUUUUCAAAUCCGUCACUUCUCAUUCUUUUCUUCACUCAUUUCCUAGAUUUAAGCAGCUAUAAACAAUUGCUUUUUUCCAUUUUUUGGAUUUUCAUUUCCCAAUUCUGACCUUCAACGCUCGGGAAUUUAAUUAAUCACGCUCCAACUAUUCUUUCCUAGAUUGAAGCUGGCCCAAAAAUCUGGCGUUUCCAAUUUCCUAGGAUUUAUUACUCCGUCAAAUUUUCUCUUCAAUUUAUUUAAUUUAAAAACUCUUGUGUUUGUGUAAACUCUGAGAAUGUUUUAUUGAAAUAAUCAUUUGGAGUAGAAGAGAUGACGAUCGUUUCAUUACCAGGAAGUUCAGGGUACUUGGAUGUUAGUAAUAGGAAAGUAGUGUCUUACUUCAGCAAUCCUUAUGUCUUGGGUUUGACUUUCGUUGCCGGUAUUGGAGGUCUCCUCUUCGGCUACGACACAGGAGUAAUAUCUGGUGCACUUUUGUACAUUAAGGAUGAAUUUCCCGAAGUCAAUCAAAGCAGUUUCCUACAGGAAACUAUUGUCAGUAUGGCAUUGGUUGGGGCUAUGAUUGGAGCUGCUGCUGGGGGCUGGAUUAAUGACUCUUAUGGACGCAAGAGAGCUACUCUAUCUGCUGAUGUUGUUUUCAUCCUAGGAUCUUUGGUAAUGGCAGCAGCUCUGGAUCCAUACAUUCUUAUACUUGGACGACUUUUAGUAGGUCUGGGUGUUGGGGUUGCUUCUGUUACUGCUCCUGUGUACAUCGCUGAAGCAUCUCCGUCAGAAAUUCGCGGGGGGCUUGUGAGCACAAAUGUAUUAAUGAUUACGGGCGGACAAUUUCUUUCCUACCUUGUGAAUCUUGCUUUUACAGAGAUUCCAGGGACUUGGAGAUGGAUGCUUGGAGUGGCGGGAGUGCCUGCUGCUAUUCAAUUCGUCCUCAUGCUGUUUUUACCUGAGUCUCCACGAUGGCUUUACAUGAAGAAGGAUAAAGCUGAAGCUGUCGCUGUUCUAGCUAAGAUUUAUGAUCCUUAUCGGUUGGAGGAGGAGAUUGAUCAGCUUGCUACUGCAUUAGAGGAAGAACGCCUUAGAAAGCAGGCUGUCAGUUACCUGGAUGUAUUUAGGAAGAAGGAGAUCAGACUUGCAUUCUUUGCAGGAGCUGGGCUGCAGGCAUUUCAGCAGUUUGCAGGCAUCAACACCGUUAUGUACUACAGUCCAACAAUUGUGCAGAUGGCUGGCUUCAAAUCUAAUCAAUUAGCGUUGCUGCUGUCUCUCAUUGUCGCUUUAACGAAUGCCAUGGGUACUAUAGUGGGAAUUUACCUCAUUGAUCACUUUGGACGCAAAAAGUUGGCUUUGACAAGCUUAUCCGGUGUGAUUGUGUCCUUAAUUCUCCUUGCUGUAGCAUUCAUCCUAGAGUCUUCUACUUCCAAUUCAAUCAAUGUCGGGGCAUAUGGCUGGAUUGCUGUAAUAGGUUUGGCCCUCUAUAUUGCUUUCUUUGCACCUGGUAUGGGUCCUGUGCCAUGGACAGUGAACUCUGAAAUAUACCCAGAGUCCUAUAGAGGAAUGUGUGGUGGUAUGUCUGCUACUGUCAACUGGAUAUCCAAUCUUAUAGUGGCACAGAGUUUCCUCUCCUUAGCCGAGGCUGUGGGCGCGGGUGCUACUUUCUUGAUACUAGCUGGUAUAGCAGUGAUGGCAUUUGUCUUUGUCGUCGUGUUCGUGCCAGAGACCAAGGGCUUGUCAUUUGAGGAAAUGGAGAGGAUAUGGAAGGAGAAAGCUUGGGGCAGUGGAUCUGGCAAAGACGCACUUCUUGAGGCAAGAAGCUGAUUAGAGUCUUUCAGCGACUUCAUGAUCAGUUGGUGCAGUGUAGCAGUUUGUGAAUUAUAUUAAAUAUAUAUUUUGGUAAUGUCAAUGUAACGUGGACAAGGGGCCUUGCAACUGCGUUAUUAAAGCUUUGGUUGCAAGCUCCAAUCCCUGUGACAGGGAGGAAUGUCCUCCAGUACUAUUGGGCUUUUAUCUUUUGGAAGUGUCAGUUCAGGAAAUAUGUGGAGAGUUGUGUUGGUUAUGAGACCAGAGAAUUCCAGUUAAUUGUUUCCCUUUUUGUAUAGUAAAGAUCUUCAAGUAGAGCAUCGGAACGUUUUUGGUCUGAGCUUUUUAAGCUGGUCUUUCUCUUUUUAAUUA